AUGUGGGAAUCUGGGGAGAACUGGAUCAGCUGCAGGAAGCUGGAAUCGUCCCCAGUGGAUGUAUUCACACCGCGGCGAUUGGCCAGCAGUCCAAGUGGAUGCCCCAGUUCGGCAGCUGCGGACAGCGCCAUGUGCGUGGACCUGCAGCUCCAGAGCUGCAGCGACGUUGCCUACAACCGGACGGCCUUCCCCACGCUGCUGCAGCACCGAUCACACGUGGGAUACUGGCUGGAGCGGCAGCCAGACGUCUCAGAGCGGGGUCCGGGGAACCGAGGCCUGGACAUCGAGGAGGCACUGCCUUCGAGCCACCCGCACACCUUCAUUCAGUUCACUCACCACUCCUACGCCCAGAUGGUGCGCGUGCUGAAGCGGACGGCGGCCCGCUGCGCCCACAUCUCCAAGACCUACAGCAUCGGGCGCAGCUUCGACGGCCGGGACCUGCUGGUCAUCGAGUUCUCGAGCCGGCCUGGCCAGCACGAGCUGAUGGAGCCGGAGGUGAAGCUCAUCGGCAACAUCCACGGCAACGAGGUGGCGGGCCGCGAGAUGCUCAUCUACCUGGCCCAGUACCUCUGCUCUGAGUACCUGCUGGGCAACCCCCGAAUCCAGCGCCUGCUUAACACGACCCGCAUCCACCUGCUACCCUCCAUGAACCCCGACGGCUACGAGGUGGCGGCCGCAGAGGGUGCCGGCUACAACGGGUGGACCAGUGGCAGGCAGAACGCACAGAACCUGGACCUGAACCGAAACUUCCCUGACCUGACGUCCGAGUACUACCGCCUGGCCUCGGUCCGCGGCGCGCGCAGUGACCACAUCGCCAUCCCCCAGCACUACUGGUGGGGUAAGGUGGCCCCCGAGACAAAGGCAAUAAUGAAGUGGAUGCGGACCAUCCCCUUCGUGCUCUCAGCCAGCCUCCACGGGGGUGACCUGGUGGUGUCCUAUCCCUUCGACUUCUCCAAGCAUCCCCAGGAGGAGAAGAUGUUUUCUCCCACGCCCGACGAGAAGCUGCCCCCACCCCACUGGGCUGCAGGCAUGUCCGACUUCAACUACCUGCAUAGCAACUGCUUUGAGAUCACGGUGGAGCUGGGCUGCGUGAAGUUCCCCCCGGAGGAGGCCCUCUACACCAUCUGGCAGCACAACAAGGAGCCGCUGCUGAACUUCAUGGAGAUGGUACACCGGGGCAUCAAAGGCAUGGUGAUGGACAAAUUUGGCAAGCCGGUCAAGAACGCCCGGAUCUUAGUCAAGGGCAUCCGCCACGACAUCACCACUGCCCCAGAUGGUGACUACUGGAGACUGCUGCCCCCCGGGGCCCACAUCGUCAUCGCGCAAGCCCCCGGCUACUCCAAGGUCAUCAAGAAAGUCAUCAUCCCCGCCCGGAUGAAGAGGGCUGGCCGCGUGGACUUCAUUCUCCAGCCACUGAGGACUGGACCCCAGAAGUUCCUUCCCGGGUCCCGGAGGGGUUGGCCCGGAGGGGAGCCCCAGGAGCCCGACCAGGAUCCCCUGGGGGCCCGGAGACAGCCCACGACAGGCGGCAGCAAGCCCUGGUGGUGGUCCUACUUCACGUCGCUGGGCCAGCACCAGCCUCGCUGGCUGCUCAAGUACUAGGCUUCCAGGCCCUGCUGGACAUGCGGGCCACGUCAUCUCCUGCUCUUGAUCCGUCUUCCAGAGGCGUCCCAUGAAGCCGCCUCCGUCUCAUUAAAGUGUUUCUCUUCCCCUCCCA